ACGAGCUUUGGCUCCAAAGAUAGCUGCAUUACGCAUCUGGGCCCUUUGUUUGUGCUCACGGCCCAGAGCAGUCGACUUCAGAUCUUUAGGAUGGUGCUGUGGCACCGCGGCCACCUUACAUUAAAGGACAGCGUGUGAUAUCUGUGGACAUCAGAGCAAAACAGCCUAACCAUGAGGGACAGACUGAGCCACCUACAGGAAAUGUCCAGCAGCCAUGUGGAGCCAAUGGAGUAUGAAGAGUUCACUGUCUCCGACUCCUUCAGUAACGUGGACCUGGAGGAGGAGUUGCCCCAUGAGGCAGUAGUGUUUGACAACAGCCCUGCUCUGGUGGAGGUCUUUUCCCAGUCACAAGAUAUCCACAGAGAGAUCCAACUCAUCCGCCUGGAGGUAAAAAGGCUCCGUGAGCAGAACUCUCGCAUGCUCCAGGGCGUCACCACCAUGAGCACUAUCAAAAAGGACUCUAACACCAUUGGUGCUGAUAUAAAGGCUCGGGCUGAGGAUGUUCUAGCACGCCUGCAGGCCAUGGAUGGCACAGCCCAAAAGCUAGAGGAGGCGCAUGGUUCAAAUUCUGCCAUCACACGUAUUGCCAGAACCCAGUAUGCUUGCCUUAGCAAUGGUUUCCGUGAUGCCAUGUUUGACUAUAAUGAGGCUGAGAUGAGCCAUCGAGAGAACUGUAAAGCCCAGAUCCAGAGGCAGAUGGAAAUAGUGGGGCGUGAGGUCACAGGAGAGCAACUGGAUGAGAUGAUAGAAAAAGGUCAGUGGUACAUCUUUAGCGACAACGUGGUGGCUGAAGGUAAAACAGCUCGAUCAGCUCUGUCCCAGAUUGAGAAACGUCACCAGGAGUUGUUGGACCUGGAGACCCGUAUCAGUGGCAUCCAUGAGAUUUUCCUGGACAUUGCCAUGUUGGUGGAGGAGCAGGGCCCCAUGCUGAACUCCAUCCAAACUAAUGUUCAGAAAACUGAUGAACACAUACAGGAUGCCCUUGUCAAACUUGGCAGGGCCAAGCGCUAUGAUAAGAACAACCCAUUUAAAAAGAUGUUUUGCAGCUGUUUCCCAUGCAUCGACUAAUGUACAGUACAGAGAUGGGUAGAGUGAUGGGAAAAUAUGCAAAGUGCUGUCCAGAGAAAGAAAAGAGGGAGACCCUAAGGAAAUUAAACACAUUAUGUACUUGUGCUUAUCAGUAAGUAUUUGCCAACAUAGCAUGUAGAGUUAAUGUAUAAUAAGAUUUUUCCAGGAAGUAAAAUAAAGAUUGGGAAAAAAAAAGGUUAAAUCGAGGAUGUCUAGAUUGAGAGACAAAAGACAGCUAUCAGGUAAAAUAUUUUGAAAUUAUAUUUAAAUAAUUCUUUGAUGUCUGUAGUAUUUUUGUGAAAGGUUUGAGACAGGUAUCUCAAAUCCGAAUUCAUCCCCCAUGACUGAGGUGUGAUGCAGAUGAUAAUAUUUUCUGCAUUACCGUAUAUAUAAAUUAUGAAAUUCAUGGGUUGAUAGAAACUAGUCAUUUUGUCCUCCGUUAUUUUCUAAGGAAACUGGUAACUAACAGCAUUUUGUCUAAAGAUUUAUUAUCACUCUUGAUAUUACGCAGAGAUCACACUGUUGAUGUGUUGUUAUGUAUAUCAUCAUACUUUUCACUGCCUUUUUAUGACGAUGUAUAAUGCCUUAUUUUUGCCUUUAUUCUCAUGGUGACUUGUAUAUAACAUAAACAACUGUAUUAAAAUACGAUUGUGUUUAUUCUUGUUUAAAUCUACAUCAACGCAUGAAAAUAAAGACUU